AUGGCGGAGGCACGCCCAGCCUGCACGGAGCGAUUUCCCGCUGGGAGCGCUCCUGUGAUCCACCAAACGAGGAGAGGCGGAGCAGAAAACCUUUGCCCCAGAGACACAGCCCCCGCUUUUCCUCACAGACACGAGUCACUUUCGUUUCUCGCCGGCUCCGCCACCGCCAGCCCCUUUCCUCGCCUGGCCCCGGUGCGGCAGAGGCAGCAGGCGGCGAUGCUGCGGGGCUGCACCGCGGGGCCUCCCGGGCCCCUCCGCCGCGCCCUGCCUGCUGCCGCCUCCGUCGUCCGCCUCCGCCUGCGGGAGUGCGCGGCGCGGAUCCCGGAGGCCGGAGAGGUGCUGGACAUCCUGGAGAAGUGCCCCGAGCGUCAGCGGAAGGGAGAGUUUCCAGUCGUGGUGUUUGAGGGGCUGGAUGCCACAGGCAAAACCACAGUAACACAGUCAGUUAAAGAUGCCCUGGGUGCUGUUCUGUUAAGGUCUCCGCCAGCUUGCAUCAGCCAGUGGAGGACAAUAUUUGAUGAAGAGCCAACACCCAUUAGAAGGGCCUUUUAUGCUGCGGGCAACUACAUCCUUGCUUCAGAAAUAGCAAAAGCAUCCACUAAAGCACCUGUGAUUGUAGACAGGUACUGGCAUAGCACAGCUGCUUAUACAAUAGCCACUGAAACAGAUGGUAACAUCCAAAAUCUUCCACCAGAUCAUGAUGCUGUGUAUAAGUGGCCUGAAGACCUGCUCAAACCCGAUCUUGUUCUUCUUCUAACUGUCAGCCCUGAGGAACGAGCCCGGAGGCUUGAAGGUCGAGGCCUGGAGAGAACAAAGGAAGAGGCUGAGCUGGAAGCUAACAGCUUGUUUCGCCAAAGAAUUGAAGAGUCGUACAGAAGGAUGGUAAAUCCUGCAUGCCAAGAUGUUGAUGCCAGUCCCUCCAAGGAAGAGGUUUUCAAGACAGUGCUGCAACUGAUUAAAAAACACUGUGCCUUGUGAAAGCAACUUCUUUUUAUUAACACUUAAAAUAUACUUUUUAUUGUCCCUUUAUUUAUGCUAGCUCAAAAUGCCCUAUGUUGUUCUUUGUUCCCUGGAAGAACCUUUUAUUUCUCCUGCCAACAGCAAUCUGGUCAGGUUAUCAGUUUCACUGAUGUCUACUGCACUUUUAUGUAUGAAGCAAAAUAGCACUCACACAUUGUUCAGCAUUCCUGGUAAAGCCACAAGCCUACCAAGGUCUUACACAAAGUAUGUGAGAGUCCUCUCUGACACUGCGACACUUCAAGAUCCUGUCAGAUUGUGUCAUCAUCGUCAUGAGAACUUGUUCCUGCCUUCACUGUGUAUCAGAAUUCACUGAUUGCAGCAGGAGCAUGAGACGUACAAGGAGAGGAUAAAAUGUAAUCCAGCAGUAAAGCAAUGAGACGAUCAUAACUUUCUGGAACAGCCUGAUGUUGCUUACUGUAAUAAAGGAUGAGCUGCUGUGA